AUGAAGGUCAGCCCACUCGCCUCUGUGCUACUGGCAACGGCCGUUCAGGCCGCGCCUCAGCCUAUCAGCGCCUCCUCCGGUGUGGGAGCUACCACAUCAGACGUCUACCCACCAGCAUCCACAUCGGUCGACUCGUCCCAGUUCCCACCCGAGUCAGUGGUGCAAUUCCCCGGCCCAACGCUGACGGGCUUGGAGCCAGCCGUCGCCCAGACAGCUCCCCUCUACCCAUACAACACUCAAGGCGCCGCCGCUUUUCCUCUGGUUGCUGCUCAGCCUCAGGGCUCUAACUCGAGCUCCAAGGUCGACAUCACCCGUUACUGGGGUAACCUGGCACCAUGGUAUUCGCUUUCGUCUGCCGACUAUGGAUUGCCUAAUGCCAGCCCACUCAUCCCUAAGGGCUGCUCCAUCAAUCAGGUUCACCUCCUGUAUCGCCACGGUGCUCGGUACCCUACCAGUGGCGCUGCUCCUGCAUCGUUUGCUGCGAAGCUUGCCAAUGCCACCAAGGGUGCCGGCUUCCAGGUGACCGGAGAGCUCUCUUUCCUGUCCGACUGGACUUACAAGCUGGGUGCUGAGCUUUUGACGCCUUUUGGACGGAGCCAGAACUUCCAGCUCGGUGUGGCAUACCGGCAUUUGUACGGUGAAUUGCUCAACAACUUCACCGCUCAGGGUGCACUCCCCGUCUUCCGCACCGAAUCCCAGGAUCGCAUGGUCAAGACCGCCCAGAACUUUGUCGCUGGUUUCUUCGGGGUACCUGAGUACAUGGACCAAGUCAGCCUCGAGAUCCUUGUCGAAAACCCCGGUGUCAACAACUCGGGUGCCCCCUACGAGAUCUGCAACAACUCCAACAUCGCCAGUAAAGGAAGCAUCGGCACCACCGUCGCAAACCAAUUUGCCGUCAAUGCUUUCAAUGCUACCCUCGCGCGCUUGAACUCCCAGAUCUCCGGCAAUCUCACCUUGACGCCCACCGACGCCAUCGCUAUGCUUCAGCUCUGCUCGUACGAGACUGAUGCGCUCGGUUAUUCCGCCUUCUGUGACCUUUUCACCCAGCAAGACUUCGAGAACUACGAAUACUACUAUGACUUGUCCUUCUACUACAACAACGGCCCCGGUUCCCCCGUCGCUGCUGCCCAAGGCAAGGGAUUUCUCGAGGAGUUCGUCGCUCGAUUCACGCAUACCUAUCCUGAGGCGCUCUCGGCUCUGAACGAGACCUUCGACGAUACGCCAACGUACUUCCCCCUCAACCAGUCCAUCUACGCCGAUGCAACUCAUGAGGUGGUCAUCCUCGACACCCUCACCGCCUUCAACUUCACUGCCCUGUUCAAGGGCCCUGCUCUGGACACGAGCAGCAACACAGGGAGCAACAACUUCGUUGCCAGCAAGCUGGUCCCUUUCGCAACGCACUUCACGGCUCAAGUCCUCGAGUGCCCGGCCAUGACGCCGAGCAAGCAGAUCCGGUUCAUCGUCAACGACGCCGUCAUUCCCGUCUCGGACUCACACCCCGGCUGCCCCGUGGACCCCAACGGCCUGUGCCCCUUCGACAACAUGGUCAAAGUGCUGCAGCAGCGGAUCAACGAGAUCAACUUCAACUACGACUGUUUCGCCAACUACACGGCCACGGCGGGCGUCAACUACAACGGCCGUGCGCCCCAGAACGCCCCGUCAUGA